UCAGGCCAUUUACCUCGCUGCUCAUCCGGUGAGAAGAGCCCUCACAACACAAGCAACAUCCAAAAGCAAUGUCUUUAGACGAAUCCUGCUACAACAGCGCAUACUUCCCGCCAUAUCACUCAGCAUAUCGACCAUUCCACGAAGUCGAAAACGGGUCCUUUAAGUUCUACUACAAUCCUUGCUGUCCGCUCUAUCCGAACUGUUCCGCAAGUACCUUGCUUUACAAGCCGUACACCCCAGCUCCACAAAAACCGCCGUACUCUUAUGUUGCGCUCAUCUCAAUGGCCAUCAAGCAGUCCCCCGGACGCAAAAUCACGCUAAACGGCAUCUACCAUUUUAUCACGUCGGCUUUCCCCUACUACACGUGGCAAAACAAGCGAGGAUGGCAAAAUAGUAUACGCCAUAACUUGUCCCUUAACCGCUGCUUCGUCAAGGUUCACCGGGAGAAGGCAGACCCUGGAAAAGGCUGUUACUGGACGCUCGACCCUGCGUAUGAGGAAAUGUUCGAAGACGGCAAGUACUGGCGAAGAAGACGCACCAAGAAACCCAAGAUAACAAGUGAGAAAGCAAACUUUGCUGAAGUUGAUGAAGUGACAUGUGAUCAAAAGCGCUCGAAUUCCCCGGAAAUCAAAACGGAGAACUUUAGAAAUAGGCAUGAUGAAUUCUUUGGCAAGCGUUCGGAAACGGCCGAGGAAAGAGCACGUAUUUAUGCUACCACCGUGGAAAGUUUUAGCAGCCAGAAAAGUGUGAUUACAAGAGUUGAUGAAAUGCAUUCAUCAAGUGGAAGUGUGAGCUGCACAGAUAAACGGGUUUCCCGCAGAGAAGUAAGAAAUCCCCCCGAUGAACUAAACUCAUCCAACACGUCAUACAACGACAGUACAAAAGGCAGAAGUUUUCGAAUCGAAUUCCUCCUAAAAAAGAACUGAAACACUUGAUAGCGAAAACAAAGUGGUAAAUACAGUGAGAGAUUUGUGGCGAAAACAGGGCAGUCAAACGGAUCUGUGAACAGUCCACAGUAGUAAGCGAUUUUAAAGCUUUGUGCUACAUAUAUUCAGUAGUAAGAAACUGAGAAAACUCACGAACUUGUAUUUUAUGUUUUUAAAGCAAAAGAAGAUCAAUCCAGACACACAAUUGACUUAAUGCUGUACUAAAUCACUAUAUUGUCAGUGUAAAUAUUGAUAAGUUGAAAUUGAAGUGAAAGGAAAAUAAAGCAGUUAUCGUA